AUGAAGCACCUGCCGAAGCUCCUGCUCCCCCUCCUGCUGGUGACGUGCCCCCCGGUCGAAGCCAAUUAUUCCUGGAAUCGGAUGGAGAGGGGAGGUGAAGCCAGGACCCACCCCACGCCCUACGUGGCCUAUCUGCAAGGAAAGAACAACCAGUUCUGCGGGGGGUUCCUGGUGGCCCCCAACUGGGUGAUGACAGCGGCUCAGUGCUUCGUCCACAAACCUCUGACUGUCAUCCUGGGAGCCCACACAAUCCAGAGGAGAGAGGAAAGCUGGCAAACAUUCGAAGUCCAGGAGUAUCACUGCCACCCCGACUUCCUGAGUCCCAAGAAGGGAAACGACAUCCUCUUGCUGAAGCUGAAAGGCAACGCCACCAGCACCAGCUACGUCAGGACCAUUUCCUUCGAGAAAUCCAAAGUCCCGGGUGGGACUAUGUGCAGCAUAGCGGGUUGGGGCCACAAAAGCCCCGCCGCCACCUUACGCGAAGCCACCGUCACCAUCAUCAAACAGAGGGACUGCCUCAGCCGCUACCCUGGGCUGGCUGAGAACUUGAUCUGUGGCCACAGUGGAUCUGCUGGGCUACCCGAAAAGGGUGAUGCCGGGGAUCCGCUUGUCUGCAACAACAAAGCCUACGGCAUCUUCUCCUACCGGCAUAACAACUGGCCCGGGUUCUACACGCACAUCGCUCCUUACCUCCGCUGGGUCCACAGCGUCAUGAAGUCGGCAUGA